AUGCACCAAGCACAAAGCAUCACGCACCAAGCACCACGCACCCAGCAACACGCAGCACGCACCAAGCACCACGCACCAAGCGCCACGCAUCAAGCACCAAGCACCAAGCAACACGCACCAAGCAACACGCACCAAGCACCACGCACCAAGCACCACGCACCAAGCACCACUCCCCAAGCAACACGCACCGAGCACCACGCAUCACGCAUCACGCACCAAGCACCACGCACCAAGCACAAAGCACCAUGCAUCACGCACCACGCACCAAGCAACACGCAGCACGCACAAUGCACCAAGCACCACGCAGCACGCACCAUGCACCAAGCACCACGCACAUCGCACCACGCACCUCGCACAUCGCACCACGCACCUCGCACAUUGCAUCACGCACCUCGCACAUUGCAUCACGCACAUCGCACCUCGCACAUCGCCCCUCGCACCUUGCACCUCGCAUAUUGCACCUCGCACCACGCACUUCGCACCACGCACCUCGGACCUCGCACCUCUCAUUCACACAAACCAGUGUAUGUAGCGAGUAUGUAG